AUGAGUUUUUCAAAAAGACUUUCGUCAUUUCUAAAUAAGCAUAUAAAACGACCGGGAAACAAGGUAAAGACGAGAGAUGCAGAUUCUACAUUACGAUACAAUGGCGAACUGAAAAAUGUUCCUUUACCCACGGAUGAUUUUUCCUUAUUUAAUGAUGAUCCUCUCUUUAGCUCAUUAAAAGAAUCGACGCCUGUUAGUCCUCCGAAAACUAAUGAUCAGACGACUCCAAAAUGCCCCAAAUGCGAUGGAGAUCUCAGUAGUUGGGAUUACAAGAACGGUGUUCUUUAUAAUUUCUGGUGCAACGCUUGCGAAUCCAAGGAACUGCAGCAGAAUUUCUCUAAUUGGACUAGCGGGGAUCCCAAUAUUGACAAGUUAAUCCAGGAUUCUCAAUUGAACAUUGGGUAUAAUAUGAGCUACCUAGAGUGGAUCCCGUACGAACAGAUUCGGCAUAUGAAAGAAAUUGGAAGAGGCGGUUAUGCUACUGUUUAUUCGGCCACGUGGGCAGAUGGUCCAAGAGGGCAAUGGAAUGAGGAAAAGAAAAUAUGGGACCGAUGCGGGGAGCGUCAAGUGGCCGUAAAGGUUUUUCACGAUUCGGCUAAUAUCAACCCAGAAUUUUUAAAUGAGUUAAAAUUGCAUUCACGUUAUUUUCGUGAUUCAUAUAUUCUCCAAUACUAUGGGAUUUCGCGACAACCAUCAACAAACGACUUCGUGUUAAUCCUCGAAUUUGCAAAUAUGGGAAAUCUAAGAAACUAUUUACAAUCUAAUCCUGAUAUCACGUGGAGUCAGAAAUUGGAUAUUUUGGAAUCUCUGGUCCUCGGUCUGUCACAAGUGCACAAUAACGCGAAUCUGACUCACAAGGAUCUUCAUCCUGGUAAUGUUCUUCUGUCUAAUCUCGGUUUCAUGGAUAGCGAACCAAUUAUCGGCGUUCGUCCGGAUAUUGCGGCCGGGACUCCCAAAUGUUUUGCUGAAUUGAUAAUGUCUUGCUGGGAUACAAUGGAUUAUAACAGGCCCACCAUACAAGUGAUUGCACAUACCUUGAUCACUUGGACAAGAGAACUUAAUAACAUAAAAUCAGGAGAUUACUAUAAACAAUUUAAAGAAUCCGACGAAAAACGAUUGAAGGAAGACUCGCAGGAAGUGACCCUUCAUCCACAAGCCAUAUUUACAAGUCGUCCUUUAAAUUCAUUUAAUAAGCAUGUAUUGAGAUAA